GUGCGCAGGCGCGGAGCGGGCCGAGCGGCGCCGCGUUCUCGCGAGGCGCGGCGUCGUGCUGCUCUCGGUACCGGCCGCAGAGGCGCGGGCCGGGCUGAGGUGAGGAGGAGGAGGUGGGGAGGAAGAGGAGGAGGAAGAAGAGGCGGCCGCGCAGCUGUUGAAACUUGAUCUCAGAGCCGGCGUGCGGAAGCCAUGGGUUUGUCUGCGUCCUCCCCGGCUGCUGCAGGUCAGUCGCCGAACGCAUCCGAGCAGCAUCGGACGGCGUCUCCACCUUCAGAAUGUCCUAUGCAUCAGGAAAAAAUGAGUGGUUGCCCAAUGCACAUGAAGACUCCUGAUCAUAGAACUGAGAACACAGGUGAUGUUCCUGCACAUCAAGAAAGAGCAUAUGAAUUUGUAGCCUGUCCAGUGAAGGCCGGUGCAUCUCAAGUGAAGGAUGACAUAGAUCCUAGCAAUAUGAUGCCGCCUCCUAAUCAGCAGCCAUCCCCAGAUCAGCCAUUUCCGUUGUCAACCGUUAGAGAAGAAUCUUCCAUUCCCAGAGCGCAUUCUGACAAGAAAUGGGUCUACCCUUCGGAGCAGAUGUUCUGGAAUGCUAUGCUAAGAAAAGGGUGGAGGUGGAAAGAUGAUGACAUAACAGGUGAAGACAUGACCAACAUUAUUAAGAUUCACAACCAAAAUAAUGAGCAAGCUUGGAAGGAGAUUUUGAAGUGGGAAGCUCUUCAUGCUGUGGAAUGCCCGUGUGGACCAGCACUGAUGCGGUUUGGAGGCAAAGCGAAGGAGUAUUCACCAAGAGCCAGAAUACGUUCGUGGAUGGGAUAUGAACUUCCCUUUGACAGACACGACUGGAUUGUUGACCGCUGUGGAAAAGAAGUGCGAUACGUUAUCGAUUACUACGAUGGUGGAGCGGUAGAUAAGAACUACCAGUUCACCAUCCUGGAUGUUCGCCCUGCGUUUGACUCUCUCUCGGCCGUGUGGGACAGGAUGAAGGUAGCUUGGUGGCGGUGGACUUCGUAACUGCUCCUGUGGUGUGUAGUUGAAAAGUAAACCACUUUCCUCCUAGGCUAAGGAUGAGCGAAUACUAGGACUUGAAACAGAAGUUCGCCUCAACUGGUGUUAUUUUCAUCGUCACCACGGUGCUUUGGGGGCGGGAAGGGAGGAUGGGGAAAUCCGUUGUUAAGUACAGCGAUGCUUUGUGGUGUUUUGAAUGACAUAAUAAAGGUAUAGUAGCAAACACAUGUAUCUUAAUUUUCUUAAGAGCUGGGAAAUCUUUUCUUACUUUGUCACAGAUUCUGCGUAAGCUUGCCUUCUUUUCAUUUCAUGACUCCAGUGCUGCGUCAAAUAACAUUUUUGAUUCUGACUGGAGUUUGGAGUAUUGCUUAAAUAGUGAAAACUGGAAAUUUCAUAAAUGAUUUCACAGUUACACUAUUUGGGUACUUAGAUGAUGGAUAAAGGGUAGAAGAUCUAGACUGUUUCAAACUGCAUGUUUUAUUAACUAUAUAAAGCCAUGUAUUUGCUUUCACGUGGGCACUUUAUCUGCUCAAAUACAUGCUUCCUCAGAAAAUUUUAGUCAAGUUUAUUCUGUUAGAGGAAGUACAGUGUAGCACAAGUAUUUUUAAAGGUAUGUUAGGUUGAAAAGGAGAGUAUACUCACGCCUAAAUCUGCAAUGUAGCUUUGAACAGAAGAACAUCUGUUAGAAGCAGGAAAUGAGUGUCGGUUACUUUUAAAACAUCAUUUCUAAAAGGAGAUAAAAUUGAUAUUUAAUGGCUAUUUAUUUGAGUAUUUAAAAGGUUUGUUUUCUGAUGUAAGAAAACUAUUCUAGUAUUUUCAUGUCUUUAAUGUGUCUCUCGUCAUUCAGGACAGAAUUAAGCCUUAUUUAAAGAAACUGUCAUGCAGUGCAUCUGUAGUUUUGCAUUUGGCUUCAUCAUCCGUACCAUAGCGUGUUUUUUUAUAUAAUACAGAAUCGCACAAGGGUGUGUGACUGCACAGUCAUACACCUUUCUAGGUGGUGAUUAUAGUGAGGCACAUUACAGAUGUGUACGUACCUUGGUCACAAGGGUACCAAAAGUGCCAAGAAAUAAGGCUGAUUUGAGCGUUUUCUGAGGGUGAUGCAUGUUAAUGCUGUGUGGCUUAAAGAUUUAAUUAAUGUUUGUGCUUAGUAAGGGAAACUAACUUUUUGUAAGUCUUCCACUGUAAUAGCUUUAAAUUUGCAUGGCUUGGAAAAUUUCAGGUGCUGCAUAUCCCUACAUUUAAAUUAUGUGUCCCUUUCAGCACAUAUAGCUCUUGAAAAUGAGUCCUCCAUGCAAAAUGCCUGGGAGUGGAAGGAGUAAGAGUAUCACAUUGCAGCUUCUCAAAUGGGAGAAGCUUCCUUCACGAAACCUCACAGCCUUAGCUGGGAACCAGCUGUACAUUCAUUUUCUGAAAGCAGUUAUUUUUAACUGACAUUGGAAGGUUUUUUCUUUUUUUCUCCUUUUUGUUUUUUUUUUCCCCCCUGAGGGGAAAGCCCCUUAGUGUUUCAGUCAAAUAAUUUUUCUCUAAAUGGGAAAUUAUUCAGGGAAGCUUCCAUGCUUUAAGGUACUAAUGGAGACAAACGUUCCCUCUUUGGAGGCAACUGUCCUGCAUGGAAGGCAUAAACAUUACCCAGAAGUCCCAAAUCUGAAGAGAAAACCACGCUCUUACCCCUGUCCACUUUCCUCAUUCCUUUUUCACCUUUUUAGUGAUUCACAUAUAUAUAAAUGAGAAAUAGUUUGGGGAAAAAAAAAAUCCAUCUGAAUAGGCAACGUCAAUAUGAGAUACAGGAGAAGUGAGUGAGCUUGUAUGAAGUGUAUCUGAUAAUGAAGGAGCUGCUCCUCUCUGCUCUGACAGUAAUGACUGAAGCUUGCUGCUUUUUUGGGGUGGGUUUUUUUUGUUUGGUCAGUUUAUGUGUACAGUUUGGUACCUUGAUAUAUGCAGAAUCCUGUAUUUCUCACAACUAAAUACGGAAAAGGUACACCAGUGUAGGGAGAGCUUCAGAACCUUCAAAAGAGCGAGUUUGCUUUGUUGAUUUUUGGAAGCGUGAUGUUGAGCACGUUAUGGAAAUUGUAAUUGCUGCUAAAUCUGGUGCCACUUCAUGCGUUCGCAUCUUCCGUUAUGUUCCUUCUUGCAGAGAUUCAAAAUUGUUCUUUUCUGUGCUACUGUUAACGAAAUGUAUUACUUCGUCAUCAAGCAAAAAGGAGAAUCAAAUAAAUGUACUUUUCUUAA